GGGUCCUCCACUCGUGACACAGAUCCCCCUUUGCCAAGGCAGCCGUGGCAGCACGACCAUGGCACACCAAUCCUGGGUGCCUGGUGAGGUCCUGGCCUCCCUGCUGCUGUGCGUGGCUGUGGUGGAAGCAGCCACUGGGCGAUGGUGCAAGAGGACGGUGCAGGAUACGGCGGAGGAGGAGGUGACACCGCGGCGCGAGGACACAGUGCCCUGCACCAGCCUCUACCACUACAGCCUGGCAGGAUGGCGGAUCGACAGGGACCGAAUGCGCCAGGUCUAUGGUGGGGACCAUGGUGAGCCCCAGCCUGACUCUGGCACCCCCCUCUGCUACAUCUACCGGCCCCCAGAGACUCGGCCAGUGGUGUGGAACCGCACGGUGCUUGCCUGCUGCCAGGGCUGGAGCGGGCCCCACUGCACCGAAGGCGAAGGCUUGCUGGGGCACUGCUAUGGCACAUGGCAGUGCCAGGACACCACCGGCAGCCACAACCUCUCUGCUAUGAGCCUGUCCGAGUGCUGCCGGCACCCCUGGGGGCACAGCUGGAGGAAUGGCUCCAGUUCCAGUGCACCGUGCCUCUCCUGCACCCGCCUGCCCCUCACUGGAGAGGUGUCCCCACGGCCAUCGCCUCCUGUGUCCCUGCAUGGAGCGGCCGCCCAUCACCGGGGCCUCUGGGCUGGCUGCAUGACCUGGGCAGGGUCCCACUACCGCACCUUUGACGGGACACACUUCCACUUCUCCGGCGAGUGCACCUACACCCUGGCCGCUGCUGCUGACGGCACUUGGGCCAUCGCCAUCACUGCCGGCGAUCCCCGGGGACUGCACAUGACCUUCGGGGUGGGCACGGUGGUGACCCAGGGACGGAACAUCUCUGUGGACAGUGUGGCAGUGCCCGAGGGACAACCGUAUCUGCACAAUGGGAUCAGCGUGAUGUGGCUGGGUGACUGGGUGGCCGUGGCAAGUGCGCUGGGUGUGCGGGUGACCUCGGACAGGAGCCAGGCAGUCACAGUGACAGUUGACACCGAGCUGUGGGGCGGCACACGGGGGCUCUGUGGUCCCUACAACGAUGACCCUGCAGAUGACUUCCAGCAGCCCGGAGGGGAUGUGGCCACCUUUGCUGCCAGCUUUGGCAACUCCUGGAAGAUUUCAGACGUCAGCCCCAAGCCCCGCUGCAGGGACGCGGUGGAGCUCAGCCCUGGCUGUGCAGCGGGCGAUGCGGCACUGCAGGCAGCUGAGGUCACUUGUGGGAAGCUCCUGUCUGAGCCCUUCCGUGAGUGCCAUGACAAGGUUGACCCUGGUGGCUUCCACAAUGCGUGCCUGGAGCUGCUGUGCCGGGAAGGCAAUGCCAGGCAGUUGCCGAGCCCCAGCAUCUGCGACACCUUCGCUGCCUAUGCACGGGAGUGUGCCCGGCACCAAACCAGCAUCGACUGGCGCCAGCCCGGCUUCUGCGAGCGGCACUGCGGCGCGGGACAGAGGUUUUCGGACUGCGUCUCCUCAUGCCCUGCCAGCUGUGCGGCUGUUGGCAGUGCCGAGGAUGGGCCAUGCCACCAGGACUGCGCCGGCGGCUGUGAAUGCACGCCAGGGCUCUACUGGGAUGGGGCGCUCUGCGUGCCCCCAAGCGCCUGCCCCUGCCAGCACCACCGCCAGCGCUAUGCCCCGGGACAGAGCAUCCGCCAGCGCUGCAACCAGUGCAUGUGCCAGGGCGGGCGCUGGCUCUGCAGCCAGGACCGGUGCCCCGGGGAGUGCACGGUUCUGGGUGGCCACCAUUACAUCACCUUCGACCGCCGGCACUUCUCCUUCCCAGGCGCCUGUGCCUACACCCUGGUGCAGGACUUCGUGGAGGGGCAGCUGCUGAUCACGUCUGAGCACAAGGCUUGCAAUGGCCACCAGCGCCUCCACUGCCGCCAGUCCCUCACCAUCAGUGCCCGCCGGAUCUCUGCUCGUCUCCACGGCACAGGUGAGGUGAUGGUGGAUGGGCAGGAGGUGACGCUGCCCUUUGCCAGUUCCGAGCUGAGCAUCCGCCGCGUGUCCUCGGCAUUCCUGCUGCUCCAGACCUUUGGGGCCCACGUCCUGUGGGGGGUGGAGGCCCCCACUGCCUACAUCACCCUCCAGCCCGCCUUUGCCCACAAGGUGCGGGGUCUCUGCGGCACCUACAACUGGAACCAGGGGGACGAGUUCACCACGCCAGCAGGUGAUGUGGAGAUCAGUGUCGCCGCCUUCACCAACAAGUACCGGGUCUCCAGCAAGUGCCCUGCACUGGGACCCGUCCCACUGGAGCCCUGCAGUGACUUUGCUGGGCAGCAGGACCUUGCCGAGGCUGCCUGUGCCGUCCUGCAGGGCCCGGCCUUCCAGCCAUGUCACCAGGUCGUGGACCCGGAGCCGUUCCUGCAGCUCUGCCUGCGGGAUGCCUGCACCUGCCAGGAUGGGCAGCACUGCCUGUGCCUGGUGUUGGCUGCCUAUGCCCGGGAGUGUGGCCAGGAAGGAGUGGAGCUGGUGUGGAGGAACCAGAGCUUCUGCGAUGUGCCGUGCAGCGGGGGGCAGCAGUACCUGGACUGUGGCCGGCCCUGUGGCCAGACCUGCGCCGACCUGCGCGGUGACAGCAACGGGACCAGCUCCUGCCACAACCUGGAUGGACUCUGUGUCCCUGGCUGCCAGUGCCCGGCGGGGCUGGUGCUGGCCGAGGGUGGGAUGUGCAUCCCACCUGGAGCCUGCCCCUGCCAGCACGGCACCACGCUCCUCCCGCCCGGCAGCCACAUCCGCCGGAGCUGCAGCACCUGUGUCUGUGCUGGUGGGUCGUGGCGCUGCACUGCAGCCGCCUGCCCCAUGGCAGCCCUGUGCCCUGGGGGGCUGAUCCAUGCGCCGGGCUCCUGCCUGCGCCGCUGUGACAGUGCCGAGCCCAACGGCACCUGUGCCGGCAUUGCCGAUGGCUGCGUCUGUCCCCCUGGCACCAUCUUCCUGGACGGGCGCUGUGUGUCUCCGGCAGAGUGCCCGUGCCAGCACGGCGGGCAGCUGUACCGGCCCAAUGACACCAUCAUCCGGGACUGCAACACAUGCGUGUGCCGGCAGCAGCGCUGGCACUGUGGCCAGGAGGAGUGCGCCGGCACCUGCGUGGCCACGGGGGACCCCCACUACAUCACCUUUGAUGGACGAGCCUUCUCCUUCCCCGGCGACUGCGAGUACCUGCUGGCACGAGAGGCCGAUGGGCUCUUUGCUGUCACUGCCGAGAACGUGCCCUGCGGCACUGGUGGCGUCACCUGCACCAAAUCAGUGGUGGUGGUGAUGGGCAACACUGUGGUGCACAUGCUGCGGGGGAGGGACGUGACAGUGAACGGGGUCCCGGUGCGACCCCCAAAAGCCUACACCGGCACUGGACUGACCCUGGAGCGUGCCGGCCUCUUCCUCCUCCUCCUCACCCGCAUGGGGCUGGCGGUGCUCUGGGAUGGAGGCACACGGGUGUACAUCCGGCUGGAGCCGCAGCACCGGGGACGUGUGGUUGGGCUCUGUGGCAACUUCGACGGUGACGCCGAGAACGAUCUCUCCAGCCGGCAAGGGGUGCUGGAGCCCAGCGCCGAGCUCUUCGGCAACUCCUGGCGCCUCAGCCUGCUCUGCCCCGAGGUGGACAGCGCCAGCGCACGGCACCCUUGCACCGAGAACCCACACCGGGCAGCGUGGGCCCGCCGGCGCUGCAGCAUCCUCCGGCAGCGGCUCUUUGAGCCAUGCCACGAUGUGGUGCCGUGCCAGCGUUUCUACGACUGGUGCAUCUUUGAUGCCUGCGGGUGUGACUCCGGUGGGGACUGUGAGUGCCUGUGCACGGCCAUUGCCACAUACGCCGAGGAGUGCGGCCGGCGUGGCGUCCAUGUGCGAUGGAGGAGCCAGGAGCUGUGCCCCCUGCAGUGUGAGCGGGGGCUGGUGUACAGCCCCUGCGGACCCCCCUGCCCUCCAACCUGCCACAACCUUGGCCGCGAGCCCCCCGAGCGCUGCCAGGAUCUGUCCUGCCUGGAGGGGUGUUUCUGCCCCGCAGGGAGGGUCCUGCAUGACGGAGGCUGCAUCGAGCCUGGCGAAUGCCCGUGCUUCUGGGACGGCUUCUCCUUCCCAGCCGGUGCCAUGGUGCAGCAGGGCUGCAAGAACUGCACGUGCGCGGCAGGUGCGUGGCACUGCCCAUCCUCACCGGAGCUGUGCCCGCGCGCGCCGUGCGCCUCGUGGGAGUUCUCGUGCCGUGCCGACGGGCGCUGCGUGCCGGGGGCCUGGGUGUGCGACAACGAGGAGGACUGCGGGGACGGCUCAGACGAGGUGUGCGCCCCGCGCUGCGCCCCGCACCAGCACCGCUGCGCUGGAGGGCAGUGCCUGGCCUGGGGCUCCCGCUGCGACGGCAUCCACGACUGCAGUGACGGCUCUGAUGAGAGCGGCUGCCCCACGGCCUCCUGCGCGCCCCCCGAGUUCUCCUGCGCCAGCGGCCGCUGCAUCCCCCCCGAGCGCGUCUGCGAUGGGGAGCUGGACUGCGGCUUCGCCGACGACUCGGAUGAAGCAGGCUGCAGCCCGAGCUGCAGUGCAGGUGAGUUCCGCUGUGCAUUGGGCCGGUGUGUGCCGUACCCGCACCGCUGCGAUGGCCACGAUGACUGUGGUGACUUCAGUGAUGAGCGCGGCUGCGUCUGCCCCCCUGGGCACCUCCAGUGCCCCGACACCCAGUGCCUGCCCCCAAUCACUGUCUGUGACGGCCACCGGGACUGUGCCAACGGCACCGAUGAGGAGUUCUGCCCAGACCGGGUGACCUGCGCCCCCGGGGAGCUCCCGUGCCCUGAUGGCUCCUGCAUCAGUGAGGCUGCGGUUUGUGAUGGUGUCAGUGACUGUCGCGACGGCUGGGACGAGAGCCCGGCGGGGUGCGCGGCAGCACUGCCUGCUGCUGUGCCCACCACCACCACCUCGGCAGCACCGGCAUGCGGCCCCUCGGCCUUCACAUGCGGCAGUGGAGAGUGCGCACCACGGGGCUGGCUCUGCGACGGCGAGGCCGACUGCCGUGACGGCAGCGAUGAGCUGGGCUGUGCUGGCGGCUGCGAGCCCAGACACUUCCCCUGCGCCCAUGGCACCGACUGUGUCCCCUAUGGACACCUCUGUGAUGGCGUCCCGCAGUGCCGCGACAGCUCUGACGAGAGCGAGGACCGCUGUGGCUCCACUGCCAUCCCGCCGUGCCUGGGGCACUUUGCCUGCGAUGGUGGCCUGUGCCUCAACGUGUCAAGGGUCUGCGAUGGGGCCACCGACUGUCCCCAGGGCGAGGAUGAGCUGCUCUGCGGGAGCCGCAGCCUCGCCAGUGGGAGCAACAGGACAGGGGGCCCCUGUGCCGAAUACGCCUGCAGUGGGGGCGAGUGUGUAGCCUUCCAGCAGGUGUGUGAUGGCAUUCCGGACUGCGGUGCCGGUGGGGAGGACGAGCGGGAUUGUGGUGAGUGGGGGCCAUGGGGGCCAUGGGGCACCUGCACCCACUCCUGUGGCCCCGGCCUGCAGCGCCGCACACGGGGCUGCCGCCAGCACCGUCCUGGAGUGCUGCACCGGUGCCAUGGGCAGGCUGCGGAGCAGCAGCAGUGCUUCAGCAUUGCCUGCCCUGUUGACGGUGCCUGGGCCGAGUGGGGUCCCUGGUCCUCGUGCCCUGCAGGCUGUGGGGGGCUGCGGCAGCGGCAGCGGCAAUGCCAACCCCCCCAGAAUGGAGGCCGCCCCUGCAGUGACCUGCCUGGAGAGACACCCGGUGCUCUUGAAACAGCCCCCUGCACUCCGGGGGGCUGCCCCAACACCUCCUCCUGCCCGGAGGGGUUGCGGCCAUGGCCCUGCGCUCCCUGCCCCGCAUCCUGCGCCGACGUCUCCACCGGUGCCGCGUGCCGGCAGGACCGGCCCUGCAGCCCAGGGUGCUGGUGCGCGGCGGGGCUGGUGCUGGACGAGGGCCGGUGCGUGCUGCCUCGGGAGUGCCCGUGCCACGCCGCGGGGCUGCGGCACCCCCCGGGGCAGCUGGUGAAGGUGGACUGCCAGCUCUGCGCCUGCCUGCGCGGCCAGCUGCGGCGCUGCCGGCAGAACCCCGACUGCGCCGUGCACUGCGGCUGGUCGGCGUGGUCGGCUUGGGGCGACUGCCCCGGGCCCUGCGGCACGCAGAGCGUGCAGUGGUCGUUCCGCAGCCCCACCAACCCCAGCCAGCGCGGCGGCGGCCGGCACUGCCGCGGCAUCUACCGCAAGGCGCGCAGGUGCCAGACGGCGCCGUGCCGGCAGUGCCAGUCCCGGGGCCGCCGGCACGCACCGGGGGAGCGGUGGCGUGAGGAGCCCUGCCACGUUUGCCAGUGCCUGCCCAGCCUGGCCGUGCGGUGCUCGCCCUACUGCCCGCACCGCGCCGCCGGCUGCCCGCAGGGCCGGGUACUGGUCGAUGGCCACGGGGACUCCUGCUGCUACUGUGCCCCAGCGGGCGACAACGUGACGGCUACCCCCCCGGCGCUGCCGACAGCGGAGGCCCCCUCGUCCACGCCAACAGAGCCCCCCGACUCCUCCCUGCUCACCUUCCCGCUGCCUCCCCUUGGCGAUCCCUGUUACCUCCCGCUGGGCACCGCGGCUCUGCCGGUCAGCGGUUUCAGUGCCUCAUCGGCGCGGUCUGAGAGCCCAGCACACGCUGCCGGGCUGCAUGGUGGUGACCCCGGGGAGCCGCUGCAGGGCUGGGCCCCCCCGGAUGAUGCCUACGCGGCACCGCCCGACGAACCCUCCUUCCUGCAGCUGGACCUGCUGCAGCCCACCAACAUCACCGGGGUGGUGGUGCAGGGAGCCGGCUCCUCUGAUGCCUUCGUCACCGCAUUCCUGCUGCAGUUCAGCGCCGAUGGCACCCGCUGGCACCGCUACCGCGACCUCACCAACGGCACCACCGAUGCCCAGCUCUUCCAGGACAACCAGGACUCCAGCACACCAGCGGUGCGGCUGCUAGGACGCAUGGUGCAGGCGCAGCACGUCCGCAUCCUGCCCCAGGACUUCCACAACCGCAUUGCGCUCCGUGCUGAGCUGCUGGGCUGCCCCCCAGUGCCCCCAGCCUGGCAUGAGGCUGUGACAGUGCCAGUGACACCGGUGAUGCUGCCAGUGAUACCUAUGAUGCCGGUGACACUGACGGUGCCGGUGACACAGACCCAGCGCCCCUGUACCAUGGGGGAGUUCCGGUGCGGGAGCGGGGAAUGUGUUCUCGGGGGUCCCCGGGGUCCCCUCUGUGAUGGUGUCACCGACUGCCCCGAUGGCACUGAUGAGGCCAGCUGUGGGCCCCCCAGCACCACCAGCCCCGUGGCCCCCGUGGCAGCCGGUGUUCUGGUGCUGAGCACGACCACACAGCCACCACCAAUGCCCCCAGCCAUGGUGAGCCCAGGGGGAAUGGGGGCCACAAGGGAUGGAGGGCAGCAGGGCAUCCAGGGGCUGAACCCCUUCCCCAACCCCCACAUGAUGGCUGUGGGUCCCCCCACAACCAGAGCCAGCAGCCCCACGGAGUCGGGAGUCAUGGAGCCAGCACCAGGGCCCCCUGACACCCCAACAAGCCCCAGCACCCCGGGGAUAGGCACCAGCAUCCCCACAGGGCCACCCUGUACCGCAUGCCCCCCAGCACUGACAGGGGUCUCCAGCCCUAGCCCCCAAGGCACUUGUGAUCCGGCUCCUUGGGGAAACUGGGGUCCCUGCAGCCGCUCCUGUGGGCUGGGGGUCACCCUGCGGCCGGCCCUGCCAGGGGGGGGCUGCGCACGGACCCCUCCUGACACCCGUGUCUGCUUCCUGCGUGCCUGCCCAGUGCCUGGCGGGUGGGCAGCCUGGGGGUCCUGGUCCCCCUGUGACGCCACGUGUGGGGGGGGCGUGCGGAGCCGAGAGCGGAGCUGCAGUGACCCCCCUCCAAAGAACGGGGGGGCUCCGUGCCGGGGGGAGCACCUUCAGACCCAGCCCUGCAGCUUCCAGCCCUGCGGGGACCCCCCAGCCUGCGGCCCCCGCAUGGUGCUUGUGCGGGCCGAGGACUGCGAGGGGGGACGGGACCCCCCCUGCACCCAGAGUUGCGGUGACCUCGGUGGCAACGGCACCUGCGAGCGGCCCUGCCAGGCUGGGUGCUGGUGCCCGCCGGGGCUGUUCCUGCAGGACGGCGGCUGCGUCGAUGCCGGUGAGUGCCGGUGCCAUGUGGCCGGUGAGCAGCGCCGGCCCGGCGAGGUGUUCCUGCAGGGCUGCCGGCGGUGCACGUGCCACAACGGGACUGUGACGUGCGAGGACGCGUCCUGCGCCGUGGACUGUGGCUGGUCCACGUGGUCACCGUGGACCCACUGCAGUAGCAGCUGCGGCGCGGGGACGCAGGAGAGGUUCAGGUCACCCACCAACCCCGCGGCGGCUGCCGGCGGAGCGCCCUGCACCGGGGCGGCGCGGGAGCUGCGCGAGUGCCACGAGCCCUGCGGCACCGAGCUCGGCAGCGCCUGGAGCCCCUGGGCGGCCUGGUCCGAGUGCUCCGUGUCCUGCGGCGCCGGGGAGCAGCUGCGGCACCGGACCUGCACCGCGCCCGCACAGGGGGAGUCCUGCACCGGCCCCCACCUCCAGACGCGGGACUGUAACACCCAGCCCUGCCACGCGCGGUGCCCCGGGCACGCUCUGUACCGCACGGCCGCCCAGUGCCGCGCCAUGGGGGAGCCCUGCCCGCGCCUCUGCCUGGACCUCGGCGCGGGUGUGGAGUGCGCUGCGCGCUGCCGCGACGGCUGCGCCUGCCCCGCGGGGCUCCUGCUGCACAACGGGAGCUGCGUGCGGCCCGCACGCUGCCCCUGCUACCACCGCGGCCGCCUGUACCUGCCCGGGGACACCGCUCCGGGGGACGCCUGCAAUAACUGCACCUGCACCGCCGGGGCGAUGGUGUGCGGCACCGAGCCCUGCGCAGAGGAGCCGUGGGGCGCGUGGUCGCCGUGGGGCCCCUGCAGCGUCUCCUGCGGAGGUGGCGAGCGGCUGCGCCGGCGGCAGUGCCACCAGCCCGAGUGUGUGGGGCUGGGCCUGCAGAGCCAGAUGUGCAACACCCACGUGUGCCGCGGUGAGUGCCGGCCUGACCCACGGCCUGACCCAUGCCCUGCCCCACAGCCCUGUCCCGUUCCCCUGCCCCACGGCUCUGCCCCACGGCGCCGCCCCACAGACUCGGGCUGCCCGCGGGGGCGGGUAUUCCGCGAGUGCGUGGGCGGGGCCUGCCCCUUCAGCUGUGCGCACGUGUCCGGGCGCGUGGGCUGCGGGGGCGGGGCCUGCGCCCAGGGCUGCGGCUGCCCCGUGGGGACCUUCCUGCACCGCGGAGGGUGCGAGGGGGAGUGUCCGUGUGCGCUGCCGGCCGGAUCCACCGGCACUGCCGAGCCCCGGCUGCUGCCCGGGCAGGAGCUGCCCUCGGGGGGCACCGUGCGCACGGCCUGCGCCAACUGCACGUGCCGUCACGGCCACCUGAACUGCACGGAGCUGGAGGGCUGCCGGCGGGAUGGGGCUUGGGGGUCCUGGAGCCCCUGGAGCCCCUGUGCACCCACAUGCGGGGGGCUGGGGCUCAGCACCCGCCAGAGGGGCUGCACCAGCCCCACACCAGCCCAUGGCGGCCGGGACUGCACCGGAGCCCGCACUGACACCAUGUACUGCCGGACCCCCGACUGCCCUGCCAUGCCCACCCCCACACCGAGGCCCAGCCCCACAUCCCCGAGCGCUGAGGCUGAGGGAGGCUUUGGGCCCUGGUCCCCCUGGAGCCCCUGCUCCAGGAGCUGCACCCGCCCCGAGGCACCAGCCACCAAGAGCCGCAACCGCUCCUGCAGCGGCGCUGGGGACUGCAGCGGGGAGAGCGAGCAGCAGCGGACCUGCAACCUGCCCCACUGCGACGCACCCCCCUGCCCCGGUGGGGCCUGCGACUGCGAGUGGAUGCCGUGGGGCCAGUGGGGCGGCUGCUCCCGCAGCUGUGGGGGGGGGCUGCAGCUGCGCCUGCGGGCGUACACCCCCCCCGGCCCGGGGGGGCGCUGGUGCCCCGACAUCGGCAACGCCAGCACCGAGCAUCGCGCCUGUGGCCUGCGCCCCUGCACCGUGGACGGCGCCUGGUCCCCCUGGAGCCCCUGGUCACGGUGUGACCGGACGUGCGGGGGGGGCCGCUCCCUGCGCAGCCGCUCCUGCACCCGGCCCCCUCCCAAGAACGGGGGUGAGCCCUGCCCCGGCGAGCGUCACCAGCUGCGGCUCUGCAACCCCCAGCCCUGCGGGCAGAGCUGUCCCCCAGGCACGGUGCUGGUGCCCUGCGCCAACCGGUGCCCGCGGCACUGCGGGGACCUGCGUGCGGGGCUGUCCUGCGGGCCCGAGGAGCGCUGCCGGCCCGGCUGCCGCUGCCCCAACGGGUCGCUGGAGCAGGACGGCGGCUGCGUGCCCCUCGCCCGCUGCGAGUGCACGGAUGCGGCCGGGCGCGGGUGGGAGCCCGGCAGCCGCCACCGCGACGGGUGCGAGAGCUGCGAGUGUGACAGCGGCCGCCUGCGCUGCGUCCGCGACGGGUGCCCCCAGCCCCAGUGCAGCUGGAGCCCCUGGGGCCGGUGGGGGCCCUGCACCGUCACCUGCGGGCACGGGCGGCAGCACAGGCACAGGGAGACACCUGGCACACCUGUACCCAGGAGAUACAGCGCCCAGGGACAUGGCAUGAAGGGGACAUGUGGCACCUGUGGGGGGACACAGAGCACCCAGUGGACACCCGGGGCAGGUGCUGCUGUGCCCCUCCACGCAGUGGGUGACCCCGGUGUCCUCCCCAGGACCCCCAUCGCAGUGGCGGGUGCUGUGCCAUGCGAGGGCCCGCAGGAGCAGAGCCGGGAAUGUGCCGAGGGGCCCUGUCCGGCCCUGUGCCCGCGGGAGGGCGGCAACGGGAGCCUGGGGGAGAGCUGGAUGCAGGGACCCUGCCGGCAGUGCACCUGCACCCCCGAGGGCAUCCAGUGCCAGGACAUCCCCUGUGAUGACCUCUGCCUCUGGGGGUCGUGGGGGCCCUGGGGACCCUGCCAGGACCCCUGCAGCGGUGGCUACCGCCUGCGCCAUCGCCGGUCCCAGCACCCGGCGGGUGACCGGCAGUGCCACGGUGCCCGUGCCCAGACCCAGAGCUGCAACACCGCUGCCUGCGCAGGCGAGGGGUGUGAUGAGCGUGGACGGGUCUUCACCAUGUCCUGCGCCAACCGGUGCCCCCGUGCCUGCGCUGACCUCUGGCCCCAUGUCGAGUGUCUGCAGGGACCCUGUGAACCGGGGUGCCGGUGCCCCCUGGGACAGCUGCUGCAGGAUGGGCUGUGUGUGCCAGUGGACCAGUGUCGCUGCGGGCUGCCCACUGCCAAUGGCACCCAGGAGCUGUGGCCAGGGCAGGCAGUCGAGCACGGCUGCCACAACUGCACCUGCAGGAACGGGACCUUCACCUGCCCGGCACUGUCAUGUCCUGUCUAUGGGCCCUGGUCCCCGUGGAGCCCCUGCUCCCGCAGCUGCGGUGGCGGCAACACUUCCCGGCACCGUGAGUGCCAGGAGAGCACUGGGGGGGAGACCUGCAGUGCCACUGACACUGAGGAGAUGGCUGAGUGCAACCUGCAGCCCUGCCCCAGCGGCUGCCGGCUGAGCCCCUGGUCCCCGUGGAGCCGCUGCAGCACCACCUGCGGUGGAGGCACCUCCGAGCGCCGCCGGGAGCUGCUGCCCGGGCCGGGGGAGCCGUGUCCCCUCCUGCCGCCGCCGCUGCUGCUGCUGCACCGCGUCUGCAGCGCCCACAACUGCUCCCCGGAGUGCCCCGGCGGGCAGCGGCUCGGUCCCUGCGCCAACGCCUGCCCCCGGCACUGCGCGCACCUCGGCCCCGGGGCGCGCUGCGUGACACAGAGCUGCCAGCGCGGCUGCGCCUGCCCGCACGGACAGGUGCUGCAGGACGGGGCCUGUGUCCUCCCUGCACUGUGCCGCUGCCACCUGCCCCCCGCCCUGGCCGCAGCACACAACCUCUCCCUGGCACUGGAACUGCCACCGGGCACCAGCCUGCAGCAUGGCUGCACCCGAUGUGUCUGCAUCCACGGCACCUUCAACUGCUCCCAGGAGGAAUGUAAUGCCUGUCCUGCCGGUGAGCGCUGGCAGGGCCCUGACGUGCCGGACAGCUGUGACCAGAGCUGCGGGGACAUUGAGGAGCCUCGGCAUAACUGCAGCAUCCCCCUGGCCCCCGGCUGUGCCUGCCAGCCCGGGUACUACCGCAACAGCACCGGACACUGUGUCCCGGCCGCUCACUGUGAGUGCUGGCAUCGUGGACAGCUGCACCAGGCCGGUAGCACGUGGCAGGAUGGGUGUGAGAAAUGCCGCUGCCAGGAUGGGAGAGUGACCUGUGCUGCUGCUGGCUGUGCCCCACUGGCCUGCCCUGAGGGCACAGUGAAGGUUCGGGAGCCAGGGGGCUGCUGCCCCGUGUGCCGGGAGAAGUGGCCGGAGGAGCCGCCCGCAGCGUGCCGGCGCCUCACGGAGCUGCGCACCAUCGCCAAGGGCCCCUGCGCCCUGCGCGAUGUCGAGGUCUCCUUCUGCGCCGGGCACUGCCCGUCCCGCACCACCGUCACCGCCGAGGAGCCGUACCUGCAGAGCGUGUGCGAGUGCUGCAGCUACCGCCUGGACCCCGCCGGCCCCGUGCGCGUCCUGCGGCUGCCGUGCCCCGGCGGGCAGAGCGAGCCCGUGGUGCUGCCCGUCAUCCGCAGCUGCCAGUGCAGCCCCUGCCAGGGUGGGGAUUUCUCCCGCCGCUGAGAGCCCUCCGGGGUGCUCCAGACCCUGCUCCCCUCUGCAAUAAACCUGCGGGAACAGCCCCCACAUCCAGCAACAGGGACUGGGGGGGCACUGGGGGGG